AUGGAUAUCCACCGUUGCCGUUUCGUUCCCUACAACCCUCAGGCGAUCAAUGCGCUUGCUUUCUCCCACCCUCCCUCCGCGGAACUCGCAGGACGAGGUGUCCCUACGCUCCGACUCGCAAUCGGUCGCGCCAACGGCGAUAUCGAGAUCUGGAAUCCCCUGCGCGGCGCCUGGUUCCAAGAGACAGUUCUCCGAGGAGGAAAAGACAGAAGCAUUGAGGGGCUGGCAUGGACGCUUGACCCUCCUGAGCCUGGUCCGGAUGGGUCAAAGCUGCCUGGACGUCUGCGCCUCUUCAGUAUCGGAUACUCGAGUGCCGUGACGGAGUGGGAUAUCGAACAGGGUCGUCCGCUGCGCCAUUCGAGCGGAAACUAUGGCGAGAUCUGGUGUUUGGCUGCUCAGCCCAGGUGGCAGGCGACGCGGGGUAAGGAUGGCAAAAUGUUGCCUCCGGCGGAGGGAGAGUUCACGGGCCAGCAUCUGGCUGCGGGUUGCGCCGACGGAUCGAUUGUUAUCUUGUCCACGGCGGAUAAUGAUCUGAAGUAUCUGCGUACUAUGCGCCCGUCUACGAAGAGGUCCAGAGUGCUUAGCGUGACUUUCCAGAACCGUUAUACCCUUGUCGCGGGAUAUGCGGAUAGUUCGAUUCGGUUGUACGAUAUUCGGAGUGGUCAGCUUCUGCGCACGAUAUCCCUGGGUAAGGGACCUGCUGGGGGAACGAAGGAGUUGCUUGUCUGGUCGGUUAAGUGUCUGCCUGAUGGGACGAUUGUCUCGGGUGACUCGGCUGGUGAAAUUCGCUUCUGGGAUGCUAAGAACUAUGCCCUUAUUCAGCGUCUGCAGGGCCAUUUGGCGGAUACGUUGGAUAUCGCUGUGAGCGCGAAGGGUGAUACUGUUGUCAGUGGUGGUGCCGAUCAGAGGACGGUCGUGUAUAGGAAGAAGGAGGGUGAGAAGGGUGACAAGAAGGCUAGAUGGACUGAGGUCAUGCAUCGUCGCUACCACACUCACGAUGUGAAGACCUUCGCUGUGUACGAGACCAGGGAUAUCAGUAUCGCCGUGUCUGGAGGACCUGACGCUGCACCGGUUGUCCUGCCCCUGCGCGAAUUCGGAAAGGAGCACCACAGAAAGCUCUCCAGCUUGCCCCAAAUACCCCAACUUGCAUCUUCCCCUGCGUCUAGGCUCGUGAUGAGUUUCUGGGAUAGGGAGGUCAGUAUCUGGCGUUUGCACCGUGGUCCUGCGACGCACGAGAAUGCCGAUGGUCAGCGUCAUCGCUUGGUCGGCAAGGUUCUCAUCCAGGGCGAAGAAAACAUCACAUCUGCUAUGCUCUCCGCAGACGGAAAGAUCCUCGUCGUUGCCACGAUAUCCACCAUCAAGCUGUUCUCCGUGCGCCGCCGCAAGGGCGAUGAGAAGGGAACUCUCCGCAUACAGAAGUUGGACGUGCCGAAGGCUCUUGCGGAGGACGGUGCUCGGGUCGUGACUGUCGCUCCCAACGGCCAGUGGGUUUGCGUUGUUCGUCCCAACAGUGCUAUGUACCUGGCUCGCAUCAAGCCGGCCUCCACCGCGCAAGAGAAGCCUCACAUUCACGCCCAGCUCGUCAAGCUGAACAGAGCUACUCGUCACACUCGAUUCGAGAAGGCCUCGCACGGUACCUUGGGCGAGUACGAGAGAUCAGUGCGAUGCGUCGUAUUCUCCGACGACAGCAAGGUCCUGGCAUCCGGUGAUCUCUCCGGCUGUGUCGAUACCUGGGCGCUCCAGAACGCAGAGGAUACCCCCAAGAAGCGCAACAAUGCCGCCGGCUCAGACGACGAAUCUUCCGAUGACGAAGACCAGCCCGUGAUCGAGGGUGAGCGCUGGACCCAUGCCGCCGGAGAGUCCCCCAUCCCCCGUCUCAAGUCCGGAGUUGUCCUCCUGUCCUUCCGCCCCCCCAACCCAUCCAAGACGAAACUCCUCCUAAACGGAGUCGCAAAGGGCGAGCACCGCCUGAUGGCCCUCACAAGCGAGCACCAGCUCGUAGAGUUCGACGCCGUCGAAGGCAAGCUAUCCGACUGGUCCCGGAGAAACCCGAAGGCCUUCCUCCCCGAAGAGUUCCGCGGCGUCAAAGACCGCGCCAUGGGCUGUGUCUGGGACCUAUCCGCCGCCCGCGAACGCCUAUGGCUCUACGGCACCUCCUGGCUGUGGAUGUUCGACCUCAACCAGGACUUCCCCUCCCCCGAGGAACUGAACGCCUCCGCAGACAACCACGAAGACGAGAACGCCUCCACACAAACCUCCAAGAAAUCCGCCGCGCAAAAGCGCAAACGCAACCCCUUCGAGGAGGAAGAGAACGCCCGCAAGAAGCCCAACAGCGGUGCCGGUGACAGGAUACCCCUCGCCCAGUCCGACCUGUUCUUCGCAGCCAAGAUGCGCAAGAUCGUCGGCAGCGACGAAGGCCAAGGCGAGUGGAUGUCCCUGGACAAGGAACGUCCUCGCGCCCCCGACGCCGACGAUGAAGCAUACGACUACGACGAAGCAUACACGGCCAACAACGACGUCGCUCUGGCCCGUCUCCGCAGAGAAAGACAAUUCAUCGAAACCAGCACCCCCCUGAAACGCGUCUCCAUCGGUGGAAAGCAGGAUAAACUCCUCCUCGGUGGUGACGUCGAAAGCCCCUCCGCCCAGAAACAACUCGUCCCUGCUUCAGCCGACUCCAAAUCCAACCAGCAGCAGCAGCAGUCCUCCCGCCGCUGGUGGCACACCUACAAGUACCGUGAUCUCUUGGGUAUCGUGCCCCUGGGCUCGGAUGAUGCCGAUGAUGUCGAAGGUGAUAGCGACAAUCAUUUCUUGGAGGUCGCUGUCGUCGAAAGACCCAUGUGGGAUGUCGAUUUGCCGGGUCGUUAUGUCCGGGACUACGCUUAG